AACAAUCAUCGAAGAAUAUCCCAACAGCGGAAUCUGACGUCUUGUUGACUGAAGCUAAUUGUCACCUGUUAGCGAAAUACCUGUUGUUGGAAAAUAUAUUAAUUGUGAUAUUUUUUCUUUAUUCAGUGGAGAGUGAUCGAUUAAAAAGUAUGGUUGAUUCACAUUUUCAGGUUCAGCUUACAGCUGUUCUAGAGGUAUUGAUGAAAUCAGCAGUCGCCGACAUUUGCGCUCUGACGGACAACUGGUUUAGGUCUUUACAGAUGGAAAUAAUUAGAAGCAAGAAGGAAAACGAGGAGUUAAGGCAGAAGUUAUACAUAAUGGAACAAUUUCCGCCUGAACCUGAGCUGGAGAAUGAGAUCACCAAAGGUGGGAAAGCUGGCACUGGCAGUGAAAUGACAAAUUCCGCCGAGGCUAAAAGAAUGGCUAGAAACUCAGCAGCUGAGUCUGCAACACCCAGAAGAGGACAUUCGAAGUUGGGCCUGAUACUAGGAGUGAAAGCAGAGAUGAUGGACAGAUCUGCUAAUGAAAGAGUGGAGCAAAGCCUGGAUGCAGAAUCCAGUGAUGUAGUUUAUGCUCCUGUUUGCAUAGAACCAGAAAUAAGAUGCCCACUUUAUGACAUCAGUCCUGACCUCAAGACUGAACCAGAGAAGGUGCAACAUGAUCUUCAAAACUCUGUAGUGGCAUGUGGUACAGAUGUCCAUGGUUACUGUGAAGAUGAGACGGAGGAGACUGUAUUGCUGACUGGAGAGUGUGAAACAGAAAGCAGUCAACACUUCCCUCAGCCUAAAAGAGAAGAGGAAGAGUUUGACAUCUCCUGCUUGCUGACAUCUGAUUUGCAGCAUAAUUCCACACAUCUGCUUAGAGACACUAAUGCAGAAAUGAUAAACUCAGACUAUAGAAUGUCCUUAAAUUUAGCCAGAGACUUUAAUUUCAUGGUGACAUCUCCAAAUGCUAAGCAUUUAAAUUUUCUGGAAAGAACCAGUAUUUCUCUGACGUGUGAGAAACAGAAAGGAAAAAAAUAUACUUGUAAUGUAUGUGGCAAAAAACUUUCAACAAAAUACUCAUUUGCUGCUCACUACAGAUUGCAUACCAAGGAGAAACCCUUUACAUGUGCACAGUGUGGAAAAAGAUUUGCCAAGAAAUUUAACCUAGAUAUCCACUACAAUGUCCACACUGGAGCAAAACCCUAUGCCUGUACACUCUGCCCCAAGAUGUUUGCUGACCCCAGUGCUUUUGGACGCCAUAAGAGAACACACUAAAAAAGAACACCUAUAACUGUGAAUGUUUGUAAUGUGGACAGUACUCACUUAUUACUUAGUACUCUUUAAUUUGCACACUGCAGAGAGUUGAAUGGGUUUUGUUCAUAAAAUUGCACUACAGAUUUAUUACCAUGUCUACAGUGGACCUAAACAUUAUUUAGCAUUUCUCUGUCAAGUGUCUUAUGCUAACCUAAGCUUUCUUAAAAACAAAAGGACUGACGAACAGAAAUUACCACAGAGGAAGCAUAACCACAUCACUACACUACCUGAGUUUAAAUAAGUUAUUAUGCCUCAGCUAAUGUACCCAGUAGUUUCCAUUUCCAUUUGAAAAAGACAAAAAUGUACCACAAACAUUUUAAAUGUAAACAAAUGAAUCCUUUAAAAUGUUAACAGGUAUUAACCCUAAAGCAGUAUCUCAACAUUUUCAACCCAAUCCCAGUCUCUAGCAUCCAUACUGUAUUGUAUUAUUAACAGUCAAUAAUUUCAGUAUGAUUCCCAGUCCUUGGCUAUGAAUGGAAAAGAACUCCAGAUAAAUCAGAAGCCUAAUGGCAGUUGUUGGUCUCUUAAGUUUUCUAUUAUUUUCAAAGUACAGUGAAAUGUGUUAAAACUAUUGUCUCUGGAAAUUCACUUUAAGGAAACUUGGAGGAUAGUCAUAUUUCUUUUUGUUUAUUGACCAUAUUUGUGCAUACGUUUCCAAAUAGUUGGCAUGUAGUUUCUCAAUACUGAAGCUUUCGGCAAAGUGCUAUGUGAUUAUAAAUGAAGAGAAUCAGUUUUCAUAGAGUAGGUGUUGGAAAUAGCAGAAAUCGGGGUGGAAGGUUAGGUUAGUUAUUUGAUAUUGGCUCUUGCUUCUUUUUGUGUGUGUGUAGUUUGAAGAAAAUGCAUUAGUUUUCUUUUAUUACCCCCUAAGUUACUGAUGCAUGAACAUUAGCUAAGAAACAUUUUAUAUUGUAAGAAAAUGUACUAAAUGCACCAAAAGUAAAUUAUUCUGACUAAAUGUGUGUUUAUCAAACAUUCUAUGCAUUUGCUUGUUACCAAAAAGUGCUCUAUUAGAUUGAAAGUCUAGUUCCUUUAGAGGCCAUUUGAGUACAGUGAAUUCGUCAUGUUAGAGGAACCAAUUUGAGAUCAUUUGAGCCAUCACAUGGUGUGUUAUCCUGCUUGAAGUAGCCAUUAACAGAAGAAAAUAUUUAGCUGACGCUUUUAUCCAAAGUAACUUACAAUU